AUGAGCGAAUGCCUAGAAGACAGUCCCCUGUCGGACAAUAGGAUGGACAUAUCGGAAAAUACAGCGUCUCACGGAUCAUCGCCUCCGGUUCACGUGGGCUCUCCGGACUUUUCCCCCAUGCUGGAAAUCGAUGGCGUCGCUAUGGAGCCGUCUCCUCCUAUGGACCGGCACGACUCAGACUCCGAACUCGGAAACGGGGUAGAAUCCCAUUGUCAUAGUAAUAGUGCAGCGAAAGGCGCGACAACGGAAUCGAUUGAAAUUCAUAAGCUGGCGAUUACCAACGUGCCGUCGCCCGUCAGUACGGCGGCAGUGUCAUCCCGGCUAACAUCAUCGUCCACCGUAUUGACGCCGGUCAGCAGCCAUCCGUUGAUGAUGUCACCUACCGGCAGUGAGUCGGAUCUGUCGGAGUACAUUGUGUCUGUUCAGCAAAAUCGGAAAUCUGCAAUGCGCAACUACUACCAUUAUCCGGAUGUAGUACCAGCAAGCGAACAGCCUUUACGGUUGGCAAGCCCGUAUACGAAUCGUCGUAGCAGCGAUAAUCAAGAUAAAGGAUCGAUAGAUAACGUUGACAACUCCAGGACUGUUACAAUGACCUCCAACAGGCGAGGUAAGGUUUCUCCUGCGAAGCGGCUCCAUGCUACUGUAACUAAUCCCAAAGCCGGCAAGCAUCAUAGUAGCACUAAAGUCUCAACGGUGGUUUCUACUUCUACGCUGGAUGUCAUAAACAAUGCCAUUCAUAUGAGUAACGAUAGCUCCCCAAUUAACUGCACCUCGCAAACUCAUCUAGAAGGUGGAGAAGAGAUGGGAUCGGAUUUUUUCAGUACUGAUUCGGAGGAUGAACAGCAUGAGGAUGUAUCGCUUUUUCAAGCUUCUGUUACCCCGACGUUUCAAUCGGUAGCCUUACUCCCUUCACCGCCACAGUCCAUUGUUCCGACAUCUACAGGAUUACAUCCGCAGAAGCAGCAGUCCAAAUCGAUCUCGCCACGGCUACAUCAGCGCCGUAAAGUUCCACUGCCAAGUGAUCUAUUAGUCGACGAUGUUAGUUCGAUGGAAGAUUCGCUCUCCAACCAAAGUGUUGAUGAACUGCAGCAGAAUCUUGUUUCGCUUAGCCCAUCUUCCUCGAUUCUGGACGACAACGGGUUCAAUGUAGAUAUCGAUGAGGAUUUCCUUGACCUUCCCGGUACACCGAAAGCAACCGGAUCCGUAGAUUCAUCACAGGAUGUUGCUCUUGUCCAUUCUGCUGUUUUGCCGCAAUACUCGGCACGAGAGGAAGCCAGAGAUAUACGCAACUGGCAGAAAAUUACCUUGCCUGAUGGCAAAACUCGCGAAAUAGAUAUGAAAGUGAUCGAACCGUACAAGUGCGUUUUAUCGCAUGGAGGCUACCUGCAGGCAGGUGGACACAAUGCGAUCGUCGUAUUUAGUGCGUGCCAUCUGCCAGAUCGGUCGCGUGCUGACUACCAUUAUGUGAUGAACAAUCUGUUUCUUUACGUGGUAAAAACCCUCGAGCAGCUAGUGACAGAAGAUUACGUACUGGUGUACCUGCAUGGUGGUUCGAGUAGAGGAAACGUUCCUCCUUUUCCGUGGUUGAAAAAGUGCUACCAGUUAUUAGAUCGUCGGUUGAGAAAAAGCUUGCGAAACUUGUACAUGGUACAUCCGACGUUCUGGCUGAAGUCUGUUGUCUGGAUGGCCAGACCCUUCAUUAGCUCUAAAUUUUGGCGGAAAUUAAUUUAUGUUACUUCACUGGAAGAGCUGUACAAACUCGUACCGGUAGAAAAGGCAGCCAUCCCGGACAAGGUGAAAAAUUAUAAUGCUCGGUAA